AUGUCUGUGCAAGAUGACCACUUGAACUUUCUAUCUACUCAAAUGCAAUCUGCUUACGAGGAUAGUGAAAUCAAGAAGCAUCAUGAAGAUAUAACAGAAGAACGAAUAAGUCAACUACAACAGUUCAAAGCUCAACAACAAAAGAUCAAACCUAUAGAACGUAAAAUUGUAAAGACCACUAAGAAACCUAAAAGGAGACUGGGAAAAAGAAUAAAGACUUUGACUAGCCAUGUAGACGAAAUGUUUGGCACAAAUCUGAGAGAAACCUCCCCCGAUACUCAGCUUUCCAUUGUUGAAUAUUUCAGUGGAAAGAAACGUAAGGUCAAAGAAAUACUAGACAAGCUUGAAUCGAAUAAAUUCCAUACCCAAGACCAUAACGACAUGAAAUUCAAAGGGUAUAAUUGCAAACUACCCUAUAAUAAAGAAGAAUGGGAAAACAUCAUUAAAGCUAUCAAAGAAAAUCUACCAAAUCUUUCUAACUCCGCUACUAAAUCCUUAAAAUCAAUAACAGAAAGAAUCGAAUUUGAAAAUCUGCAGAAAUCCACAGGAUUAUGGGAUAAAGCUUCAAGACAGCCCAGUGAAGCCUUCAAUGAUUCUGAUUUGAAAUUGUUGUAUGAUUUAAAUUCGGAUCAAAUGGGUUUAGAUUUAACGCAAAAUGAUAUUGAAGAAGAUAAUGAAAUUCCUGAUUCGAGUUCAGAACCUGAACUUUUGGAAUAUAACAUUCUUGGACAUACAAAGCCUGUUUCUAAAAUAAAUGUGCCACAAUCAUUCAACACCUUCCCACCUGCUUUUGGUGAAAAUAAAGAGAAGGAAAUAAUCAUUUGUUCGUCCUCCGAUAAUUCUCCUAUAAAGUCGAAUUUUUCCACACCCAAAAAAUUAAGACCACAGCAGUUCGAAACCCCUAUCAGAAAGGUUUCACAGCCUACCAACAAAUCUCCACAAUUCACGUCACAAAUAAAUUUGACACCGCCCAAUUUCAGUUUGAAUUUUGACACCCAGCAAUCAAUCUAUGCUACCGCAUCGUCACAAUUCUAUAACGCUUCUCCACAAUACAAAACCAAAGUCAUAGAACUAAAAGGGGAUUUAAAAAUCAUAGACAGGGACACUAAAAAUUUCAAAAUAAAAAAAAUUGGGGGACGUUCAGAACCUCGUGAUAAAGAAAUAAUUGGUGAUUCAGAAGAUGAUGAUGAUAAUGAAAUAAGCAUAAUAGAAAUAUCAACUUUGGUUAACGAUGAUACUGAUUUCAACGAAUAUAACGAUUCAAUGGUUCAAGUACCUUCUAGUCCUGGUAUGGAAAUGCCAAAAACGAUAAUGUCCAUUAGAUCAACUGCAGAAGAAGCUGUUGAUGAUUUCUCACAAUUAUCCAAUACCCAACUACGGGAUACUUUCAAACAUUUGGGCAUAAAGCCAGUAAAAUCAAAAAAUGCCAUGAUCGAAAUAUUAAAAAAUAUGGAUGAUUUUAUUGGAGAGGAUUCGAAAAGUUUGUCACAAGUUGAGUUUAAAGAUCAAUUGUUCAAGAGAUUUAAAGACGUAAUCAGAUCAGAUGAUUUCUGGUAUGAAAAGGUCAUUACUUAUGAACCCAUCUCCAUUAUCGAAAUGAAAGAGUGGUUGAAUUCUCAUAAUUUCAAUAUCGAAAUAGAUUUGUUAGAGAAAUUUUGUGAUAAUCAAGGCAUUUGUACCACAAAUCAAGAGCAAACGAAGCAAAAACUUAUAUAA